ACUUUUCAACUCCUUCAGAGGUGGGGAACAUCCACUGGAAUCUUCAGUUUAACAUUGGCCUUCGCAAGAUUCAGAGUUGGAGAAGUUCAACGGUGUUAUUAUUUUUUAUCUAGUGGUUUACGUCAUUCGACCGGAUUUUUUUUCAAAAGAGAAUAGAGGACUGAGGAACCGUAAACAAUGCGACUGUCAACGGUGUUCGAGUUGCUAUUGAUAUUCCUGCUGAUAGCUUUUGCUGCGUACGGACGAGUCAUCGAUCCUGAUGAGCCGUUGCAGCGAGUGGCACGAGCCACUAAACAAAAUUUCGAUGUUUCUUUUAUGUCCCUCAAACAAGCGACAGAGAAUGUCAACAGGUACUGCACCUGCAACGAGAAUAUUUGCAAUUGCUGUCGAAAAUUUCACAUUCCACUGGUGAGACUGCGAGGACCAGGAUGUGUCUCCCUUCAGUACUUGAAGGAGAAUAAUUUGGCUGUUCAAUUGAGCUACGGUGGGAACAUCCUCAUGAGCAGAAUAAUCAGCGGGAAAAAGCCACAGGCGAUCUGCGUUCCAAUGCCAGGUGGCCUGACGAAGUUCUGCAGCCGAAUCUAUUCAAUCGAGCGUGAAGCUGACAAUCACUUCAAGGCCUGUCUCGGGCUAGAACUUCAGUCAGGCUCGGACUUGGAGGCGAGUCUCCGAGUGAGUUGUUUCAGGUUCGGCCCAGAGGGACUUCAGCUGCGUCCAGCAGAGAGUCUUCCCACGAUCGAGACACCAGUGCCCGUUGACGACGAUGAUGACGACGACUACGAUAUCUUCGGUCUUGAGGACGACAGCGACGAGAAUCCACCGGCUAAGGGUCCAGAGGGCCAGCAGUCCUCCGACGAUGACGACGAUGAUGACGACGAUGACGAGGACGUCCUGGGAUUCGGUGAACUCAUCGACAUCUUCACGGGGGAUGACGACAGCGAUAAAAAGAAAGUGACGACGGCUGCUCCACUCGUACCCUUCACCAUUCCACUCAUAACGAAACCCACGUCAACUUCACCACCUCCUCCCCAGAUGAAGCCGGUGAAGCAGAAACCGGAGACUGGAGAUAUUCCCCUGGAGACAAAAAAUCCGACGAAACUACCGGAGGUGUUGACUUCUGUUUCUGAAACUGUUGGGACGACUGAGCUGUCGGUGAAGGUCGACCCGACUGAACCUGGGGAGGAGUCGACGGCUGAUGAGGACCUGGAGGAUCCCACGGAGGAGCCCCUGGAGGAGUCCACGUCGACCCCGGACGAGAGACCCGAGGAAAAACCAGAAGAGGAGCCAGAGGAUAUUGAGAUCUUGGAGGACGUCACCCCUCAGGUCGUUUCUACUGCUCCCACCGUGACGAAGACUUCAGGAGUUAAGAAGAUCGUGGGGAUCAAGACUGUGAAGAAGCCGAGUCUCACGUCAAAUAGUCCUAAUGCUAUUAAAAUUGACUCGAAGCCUGUGGUGAAACCUCUGGGUAAACCUGAUCCCAACUCUGAAGAGGAGGAGGAGGACUACAUCCUUGCCAGCAACUCUGAAGAGGAUGACGAACUCGAGAACACGGAGGAUGAUGAGACUGAGGACGAGGGUGAGGUCGAGGAUGAUAGCGACGAGGAAGAGGACGCUGUACUUUCUGCUCUUGUAGCUGAUGACAACAAAGACAAGCAUCACAAGAUCAGCGAUAAUGAGACAUCCAAUCCUGAGGAUGAUGACGCCGAUUACGGAAUGGGACUCGAGGAACUCCUCGCUAGGAGACGAUCCUCCAGGAGGCAGUGGACUGGACGACAGAGCAAAGUUAUGAGACUGUAGGGAAUUUUUGUGUUUUUACAUAGAGAGGAAAAAGUUCGAUAGAAAAUUUAUGUAAAAUAUUUCGAAUUGUAAGUGAAAU